CGCGUGCGCGACAUUAACGUGAGUUCUGCUGUGAACUGUCAAUUUGAUUGUAUUUGCUGCUGCUUGUAUUUAUUUGUUUAAUUUAAAAAUCUUAUACAGCUUUAUUUCUUGGGAUAGAAAGUCAUAUAAACUAAGAUAUUACUGAGGAACCUUUAUGAAUAAGUUCGAAGCAUUAGUCUUAGAGGACUCACAGAACAGUGACAGCGGUGAUGAUCCUGCCAAUGAUGAAGAAAUCAAUGGUGAAGAAACAGAAAAGUUGCAACAAACUCCAAUAGCAAUUGGUGAUGGUGAACAUCAAUUGCAGUUUCCCUAUGCAUUAUGGUUCUCAAAGCGACCUCCAGGAAAACAACAUUUUAAUUAUGAAGACAAUAUAAAACUUGUUGGGAAAUUUGCUUCGGUGGAACAAUUUUGGUCAUUAUAUAGUUGGUUAGUUCACCCCAGUGAACUGACUGGUCAUUGUGACUAUCACCUUUUUAAAGAUGGAAUCAAGCCUAUGUGGGAGGAUAAGGCAAAUAAGCGUGGAGGAAAGUGGAUCGUUCGGCUGAGAAAAGGUUUAGCAUCGAGAUUUUGGGAGAAUCUUAUAUUGGCAAUCUUAGGUGAGCAAUUUAUGGUUGGUGAUGAAAUCUGUGGUGCAGUAAUUUCGAUUCGAUUUCAGGAAGAUAUUAUAUCAGUGUGGAAUAGAUCUUCAAGUGAACAAGCCGUUACAACUAGGAUAAGGGAUACAUUGAAACGUGUGCUGAAUCUACCGAUGAAUACCAUAAUGGAAUACAAGACUCACGACAAUAGCAUGAGGGACAACUCGAGCUUCAGGAACACUGCAAUAUUUUCCAGUUAGUUUAUCAAAGGUUUGGAAGUAGUCUAUGUUUUUAAAUGUGGGCAUAAUUUUAUAAAACUGUUAAACUUUCAUAAGGCGUUUUAAACAAAACCGAUGAAAUCUAGGUUUUGGAUUUCAAGUUAGUUGAACGCAAGACUUCGUUCGCUGACUAAUCACUAUCGAAAUAAAAUGGAAGAUAAAA